AGCAACUGGAUCAUUACCCUCCUGUUUACGAAAAGCAAAAGGCAUUUCCAGGUCUCUGUCAAGUCUUCGUCUCGCUUGCUCGUUCGUUCGUCAUUUCUGCACACUUCCAAAUCAGGAUCCAGGACCUUAGUCUGCUCGGAAAUCCAUCAUUCGUCCCAUUUCAGCAUGUCUGGAGGCCGCUCGCCCUUCGCCGAACGCCAGGUAACCAUCAGCCUGAAGCUUCUGGUAGACCCCGCCAAAAACCGAGUGAUCUUUGCCGAGUCCGACUUCGAGUUCAUCGACACGCUCCUCUCAUUCUUGACCAUUCCUCUAGGAGCGCUGUUUCGGGUGCUUGGCCCUGACGGCACCGGAAUCGGAUCUAUAAGCAGAAUACGGCAGAGCGUUUCCUCUCUCGAAGUGCAACAUCUCCGCACUGCUUACUGCAAGGUUAUGCUGCUCAGCCCGAGGAACGCAUCGGAGACGCAGUGCAGCAAGUUGAAGCUCAACAUUUAUCCCAUGGAGCCUGCACAGCUAUACAUGUGUGACGAUCACCGAUACCGAUUCAGCACUUUCAAGGACAAACGGUGUUCGUGCGGUUGGCCGAUGGAUACUGCGGUGGAUAUUCAAGAGGAGCAGAAAGCUGCCGAAGACGGUGGCGGAGUGUUUGUAAGUGGAGGAGCCGCCCGAUUUAUAAUUACUGACGAUCUGCAGGUGAUACCUGGAUCUACUGCUGCCUGCAUUGCGCUUUUCAGAAAGCUCGGGAUCAAUAACGAAAGCGAGCUUGAGGAGAGGACUGUUGAAAUUGGAUCAAAGGAGGUACUACGAUUGCUGAAGUUUGCAUUGCUCUCAAAGUCAUCCUUGACAGAAUCAAUACUUCUUGCCCAAUGCAGCAAUACAUACGUCACUUUUAAAUCCCAGCAAAAGAAAACUGCUCAAUCAGACAAAAAGGAUAAAACUGACAACUCAAAUAAUAUGAAAUUGAAGCUUCUAAUGAGCAAAUCCAAGAACAGAAUUAUUUAUGCUGAAGCUGGAGUGGACAUGGUGGACUUUUUAUUUAGCUUCCUGACUCUUCCUAUUGGGUCUGUAAUAAAGCUUCUUGGUAAGAAUUCCGGCUUUGGAUGUUUUGACAAUUUGUAUAAGAGCACUGAAGAUUUGAGCGCUGGAAGUUACAUGAAAUCAGAAUAUUGCAAGCAAAUGUUAUUGUGUCCAAAGUUAGCUCCAUUUUUCGGUUUGGAGAACAAAAUACUUCAGGUAGAGGAAGCCUCUUAUGUAUUUCAUGCUGGCAGAAGGUCAUGGUUGCUAUCUGAUGCAAAAUCUGAAUCAGGGAGCUUUACCAUGGAUCCUUUAGAAGAGAGAGGUGAUUUACCCUUCCUUAUGGAUCCCAAGUCCCCCACUGGAGAAGUUCAAGCUGGGAAAGGAUACAUGAAGGGGCCUGCAACGUUUAUGAUAACAGAUGAUUUGUUUGUGACACCUUUUUCCCCUGUCACCACAAUAGAACUUCUAAAGAAGUUGAAUAUGGCAAUCAAUGAUGUGAUGGAGCGUGAAGUGACCGUGGGCAAUGAUGAGGCCUUGAAUUUACUGAGGGCUUCUUUGACCUCAAAAACAGCUCUGAAUGAUAUAUUUAACAAGAAGGAGCCAUACGGAGAGCUAAUGCUGAAAGUAUAGAACUUUCCAUUUAUGUACAGGGGCAGUAUGCGUUUGACCACGGCCUGAAUUUGCAUGUAUUUCUGAAGGUAUAGUGUGGCUAUAUGUAUUCCCUGACCCAUUUUCAACACUCUUGAGUGGAUGUGAGGAUUUCUAUCAAUUGUUGUGCAUUUUCAGAACCAUCCUGCACUCUUAAUUAUGUGAAUGGAAUAUCCUAGGUCCUGCUGUUUCGGGUGUGCAUAGAAUAAAUCAUUUUGGCCCCUUUCAGGGUCUUCUUUGGUGAUUUAGUUAUUUCACGGGUUCACCUAGUGCUUUUGUGGGCCAUCUACCCCUUUGAUAUUUCUGUUGUCUGGUUGCCAGCGGAUGAUGGUUUGGAGCCAAUCACCACUGAAUUUGUAUUAGGUUAAGUGUGUUUAAUAGAUGUCCUUGAUCUUGAGGGUGUCUAAACCUUGUUCCACUUGUAAGGGCGGGGCUC